AUGGAUUCGAGCAUUAGAGAAACAUCUGCACGAGCAAUAGCAGCUGAUUUUCUUACGCGUUUAAGGAAGAAAGGAGGUGAUGAAAAUCGAUUGAAAGUUGCCAGACAACUCUAUGACUAUAUAAAUGGCGAAUUACGUGAUAACAGCGAUCAAUUUAUAACAGAAUUUUUUGCAACAUUCGAUGCAAAAGUUGAUCAGAGUGCUAUACAUACGCUGAUGACGAGUUUGGAUAAUGACGAAAGAAAAGCAGGAAUAAUUUUGAUAGCUUGUUUGGUAGAAAAUGCUGGUGAUGAAACGAAACGUGUCCCACGCUUUGCAAAGUAUCUUCUAAAAGCACUAGUACAAGGCGAUGAAGUGGGCAUGAAACUUGUUGCCAGGGCAAUUGCUUAUUUGAUUCAGACCUCGAAGACAUUUGCUGCUGAAUUGGUAGAAAAAUCCAUCAAUCAGGUAUGUGAAUGGCUUGAAGAAUCUGAGCGACAUGAAUCACGCCGUCUUGCUGCAGUUUUUCUGGCUAGGCAGUUGGCCUUGUACACGUCAACAUCAUUUUUUCUACGUGCAUCUAAUUUUUUUUCAAACAUUUUCAAAGUCAUCAGGGAUCCUAAGGCCACGGUGCGAAUAGCAGCUACUAAGGCUUUGCAUGCUGCCCUUACAGUUACGUCGCAACGCGAAGCACGUCAGAAAUCGGAGUGGUAUUGGCGCUGUUAUGAUGAAGCAAUGAAUUCCUUGAAAUUUGAUGGUUUGAACCGAGACGAGAGGCAGCAUCCAAUGCUCCUGAUAUUGAAUGAACUACUUCGAAUUGGUAAUGGACCGGCUGAGCGUCAACGGAUCCUGGCGCUCGGUCGUCAACCACAGCAAAAUGUUCGAACAGUAAUUGGAUCAAAUGCAAUAGACUGGUUAACAGAGCACACGUAUUCAGUUACCGUUGAUAGUCGAACCGCUAAUCAGCUUAUUGCUGAGAAAUUUACUGAUAUAUAUCGAGUAUGCAGUCUGGCAUGUACUUCACGUAGUGUUUGUUGUCAAACAACAUUGCUUGAAAUUUUCCCACGUCUUUCAUCAUUUGGGAAGACGCAAACGGUUGCUUCAAAUGAGGCAAAUAUUUUCAAUGUUGAUAUAGUUUCAAUGUUUAAUCAUGCACUAAAUUUGACUGCAAAACAUUCACCUGCUUUCUUUACUCUUGGUUUAUUGGUACUUGAUCGGCCAACAGAACUGCUUGUGAAACUGCCUCGUCUUUUCGCUGUCAUACAAAUUCAGUUGCAGACUGCAACAUAUAAACACAAACCGGUAGAUGAAUAUGUCUUCUUAUGUUUGACAUUAAUUAUCCGCGCAUUGAAGGAAAAAAUAGAAUCCGAGAUUAAAACGUUACUACCGAUUCUACUGUCAACAGGUUUAUCAAAAGGAUUGACAGACGUUGCCUAUGAAAUAAUGCAGUCCAUACCUGGAUUGAAAACGGAAGCACAAGAUGGUUUGUUAAAAGAGCUUUGUCAGCUUUUGAUGAACCGCAAGUUGCCUAGUAAACUUGAUCCACCGACGGAACCACCUAUGCCAGCCGGUCCCGUGAAUGUUACUAAUGUGGCACUUACGAAUCUUGCUUUAGCUACACUUGGUCGUUUCGAAUUUCAGCGGCAUGCACUUCAAAUGUUCAUCAAUUAUAUAGCGCAUGGUUAUUUGUCUUCGGAUUGCGCAGAAGUACGUUUGGCUGCAGUGGAUUGCUGUGCUAAAAUGUUGACGCCCUUUGUUCGUGUAUUUGAAUCAUUUGAAUGUGCUAAUAAAAAACAGCGUUUCGAUGUCCUAAAUUUGAUACAGUCCGUACUUCGACAACUUGUUAUGGUUGCUGUUAUUGAUUCGUCUGUGGAAGUACGCUUGAGAGUUUUGCAAUGUUUCAAAGAUGGCGAUCCACUUCUCUUGUCCCAUUUAGCACAGGCUGAUAUGCUUGAUUCUAUUUUCAUGACUUUACAUGAUGAAAAACUGGAAAUGCAGGAGCAUGCGGUAGCCUUACUUGGAAAACUGGGCAGUUUAAAUCCUGCAUAUGUUUUGCCGAGCUUACGUAAUGUCCUGUUAGAGACGCUUACCCAAUUGACGAACAGCGGUGUACCCAGGUAG